UAAAUUUGAAACAACAUUUACUGAUUACGGGAAAUGUAAUUACAGAGAAUGUGAACUCUUGACUAAAGAGAAUGAAAAAGAAAAGUUUAUUUCCAGGAACAAGGGUGGAAGCAUAAAACCAGCAAGGUUCAUCCCCCCCGUGUUUCUUCUUCAAAGUGUAUGACCUCUCAGCCCGUUGGCAUGCCCUGGAAGAGUUUAUUGCGUGCAUCAUAUCUUGUUCCUCUCAGUAUCAGAUAUGUCAGAUGGAAACUACAUAGAACUUUCUUCCUUCACCCAUAAUGGGCAAGGAAAUCGGGAGGGAAAUAAAAAAGGCAAAACAAAUUAACUCUUCCACCCAAAGUUAAUUUGGUCUACGGCAGUUAAUGGGAAGCUACAAUGAAUGAAGGCAUGAAAUUUCCAGGAAGAAAGGCGAUAGGUGAGUAUAAACGCAAUGAUCCUAGUUUUCCUUCCCAUCACAACCCUAGUAUUCUAGCCUUUGGUCAUACUCUUUUUGACUUCCUGAAGACUCCUCGCACUUCUUUCUUAAUUUCCAUCUUGUUUGUCCUUCUGAACCCUGAAGAAGCUUUCGUCCUUCUGAAAAAAUUUUACUCCUUCAUUCCCUAUCGUUUAACAUGUCUUUGAGAUGUCGUAAACCUGGUGAACCAGCCAUGCCUGAUGCAGAUGACACCCCAGUGGCAAAACGUCAGCAGCGAAGGUGGCGAACGGUUUUUGCAGCCAUAUAUUCUGCCAGGAUUCUUGUUUCUUUGUACAAGAAAGUUAUUAACGAUAAGCAGAUCUUGCGUACUCUAUCCUAUAUUGCCAUUGAUAUCCAUGAACAUGACUCAAGCGAUCAUCACCUACCUUCUCUCUGGGUUGAUCAAAAAACACUCACUGAGAUGGUAAGAGAGAAGAACCUUGAGAACCUACGUAAACUUGGAGGAGUGAAAAAGAUUGCUGUAAGUCUUGAAACUGAUGAGAAGGAUGGCAUCAGUGGCAAUGAGGCUGAUCUUACACACAGGAUGGAUGUCUUCGGUGCCAACAGGUAUCAGAAACCACCUAUCAAAAGCCUUCUUAGCUUUAUUUUUGAAGCUUUUAAGGAUACCACCAUUAUCAUACUCCUGGUUUGUGCAAUACUCUCUCUGGGCUUUGGCAUUAAGCAGCAUGGCGUAGAGGACGGAUGGCAUGAUGGUGGGAGUAUUAUCUUCGCUGUCUUUCUAGUUGUUGUCAUAUCUGCUGUCAGUAACUUUAAGCAAAACAGACAAUUCGAGAAACUUUCAAAUGAGAGUAGUGAUAUAAGAGUGGACGUAGUAAGAGAUGGACGCCGCCAAUUUAUAUCAGUCUUUGAAGUUGUCGUGGGUGAUGUUGUGUGCUUGAAAAUUGGUGAUCAAAUUCCGGCAGAUGGAUUGUUCUUGGAUGGACACUCUUUGAAGGUAGAUGAAUCUAGCAUGACAGGGGAAAGUGACCACGUUGAGAUCAAUGGCAACAACAAUCCUUUCAUGCUCUCUGGUACAAAGGUGACCGACGGGUUUGGUUUUAUGCUUGUCACUUCUGUUGGCAUGAAUACGGCAUGGGGGAAGAUGAUGAGUUCCAUAAACCGCGACUUAGAUGAAGAGACUCCACUACAGGCUCGCCUCAACAAGCUAACUUCUUAUAUUGGGAAGAUUGGAUUGACAGUGGCUAUACUUGUUCUUGCAGUUUUGCUCAUCCGUUACUUCACUGGAAACACAAAAGAUGACAAGGGAAACAAAGAAUAUAUCCGGGGCAAGACCAAGCUAGACAGCACGAUGAACUCAGUGGUGAACAUUAUUUCUGCAGCAAUUACCAUUGUGGUGGUAGCAAUUCCAGAAGGCCUUCCUUUGGCGGUAACUCUGACUCUGGCUUAUUCUAUGAAGCAAAUGAUGGCUGAUCAUGCAAUGGUCAGAAAGCUUUCUGCUUGUGAGACAAUGGGCUCAGCCACAACAAUCUGCACAGACAAAACAGGUACCCUUACUUUAAAUGAAAUGAAGGUUACUGAGUUUUGGCUAGGAAACGAAUGCAUGAAGGAUAGUAUGUCCACAGAAAUAGCACCUAAUGUCCAUGAGUUACUGCAACAAGCGAUUGCUUUAAACACAACUGGUACUGUUUAUAAGCCAAAUUCUAGAUCACUUCCUGAGAUUUCUGGUAGUCCAACUGAGAAAGCAAUACUCUCGUGGGCUGUAUUAGAUUUGGGCAUGAACGUAGAUAACCCAAAGCAAGAUUAUGAUCUCAUCCAAGUAGCAGUCUUCAAUUCAGCGAAAAAGAGGAGUGGAGUUUUGAUAAGGAGAAAGAAUGAGAGUGCUACACACACACACUGGAAGGGUGCUGCUGAGAUGAUAGUGGCCAUGUGCUCACAAUAUUAUGAUAGAGGUGGAAUGGUUAAAGUCAUGGAUGAUGAAGAAAGGACAGAAAUCGGGAAAAUCAUUCAGAAUAUGGCAGCCAAAAGCUUGAGGUGCAUAGCAUUUGCACACACAAAGAUUCCAGAAGACAAUGAGCAGGUUUUGGGAGAAAGCAGACUUACCUUAGUAGGGCUGGUGGGUUUGAAAGACCCAUGUCGUCCUGGUGUCAGAAGAGCUGUAGAAUCUUGCAUAGAUUCUGGAGUAAACAUCAAGAUGAUCACAGGAGACAAUGUUUUCACAGCAAAAGCUAUGGCAAUUGAAUGUGGCAUUCUACAACCUCACGAGGACGUGAAUGAAGCUGUAAUUGAAGGUAUAGAGUUCAGGAAUUACUCACCAGAAGAGAGAAUGGAGAAGAUCAAUAAAGUCCGUGUGAUGGCCAGAUCCUCACCAUUUGACAAACUUCUGAUGGUACAGUGUCUAAAGCAGAAAGGUCAUGUUGUAGCAGUCACUGGGGAUGGGACAAAUGAUGCACCAGCUUUGAAGGAAGCAGAUAUUGGACUUUCCAUGGGAAUCCAAGGAACUGAAGUUGCCAAAGAAAGCUCAGAUAUAGUCAUCUUGGAUGAUAACUUCACCUCUGUGAUGACAGUUUUAAGGUGGGGUAGGUGUGUCUACAACAACAUUCAGAAAUUUAUUCAGUUUCAGCUCACAGCGAAUGUAGCUGCCCUAGUCAUCAACUUUAUUGGAGCAAUAUCUUCUGGUGAAGUCCCACUGACUGCAGUCCAGCUGUUGUGGGUGAACCUAAUAAUGGACACUUUUGGGGCUUUAGCUUUGGCCACUGAGCGACCUACAGAUGAUCUAAUGACAAAACCACCUGUCGGUCGAUCCAAGCCCCUUAUAUCGAAUAUAAUGUGGCGGAACCUCAUCGCUCAAGCCUUGUAUCAAGUUGCAGUUCUACUAACCCUUCAGUUCAGGGGAAAAUCUGUCUUCGGUGUGGAUGAGAGGGUCAAGAACACGCUCAUUUUCAACACUUUUGUCUUCUGCCAAGUGUUCAAUGAGUUUAAUGCAAGGAAACUAGAGAAAAAGAAUAUAUUCAAGGGAUUGCACAAGAACAAACUCUUUCUUGGGAUUAUUGGCAUAACUAUAAUUCUUCAAGUGGUAAUGGUGGAAUUCUUGAAGAGGUUUGCUAACACUCAGAGGCUGAACUGGGGGCAAUGGGGUUCUUGUAUUGGAUUAGCAGCUUUAUCCUGGCCAAUUGGCUGGCUAGUUCAGUGGAUUCCAGUAUGAAGCAUUUCUAUUCUCUGAUCAAAGAGCUUUUGCAUCCCCAAAAAGUCAGUCACUCACAUGAGAUAGUCUUCUCUUAUCUAGGUAAUAGGAAUAACAAGAUAACCUUAGUGCUAUUUCUUUUACAGUUCCAGGAUUCCAAUUUUAUUCUUGUCAAUAGUUAUCUAGGUUCUAGUUCCAUUUUAAGUGUCGAUUGUAAGCUUCUAAGUGAGGAAUCAAGAUACCAUUUCUUGCUUAUACAUGUCUUAAUUUCAAAUAACAUGUUUUCCACCUUA